AUGGAGGAGUUACAGGUGCUCGUCGACCAGGGUAAAGUUGACGAGAAUGCACCCAACAAAGAAGGGAAGAAGCUGGAGUUGACCGUAGACAAGGUGAUCGAAGAGCACGUAGGCUCGUUUGGGAUUGCUCAGCUGGUCCAUGUCUUCAUGGUGUCGCUGGCCUGGUUAUUCGACUCACAGAACACGUUGGUGACAAUAUUUUCAGACGCGCAGCCUUCUUGGAGCUGCAAGGGCGGUGGGUCGUGGUGCCAGCAGGGCUCGAAGGGGUCCAUGUGUGGGCUUGAGCAGGAGACGUGGGAAUGGGUCGGAGGAAACGCUAGCUCCACCAUUGCUGAGUGGGGGCUUGUCUGUGAUCGCAAGUUUCAGGCUGGUAUUCCGGCAUCCUUGUUCUUCCUCGGCUCCCUCUUGGGCUCUGCUGUUUUCGGCCGCUUGGCAGACUUGUAUAUAGGAAGGAAAAGAACAGUUCUCCUGUCAUGCCUCCUAACGUCCAUGACUGCCUUCUUGACAUCUCUUUCUCCGAAUGUGUGGAUCUAUGCCCUACUCCGUUUCUCAAAUGGGUUUGCUCGAGCAGGCAUUGGGAUUUGCUGCCUCGUCCUCUCAACAGAGGUUGUUGGGAGAAAAUGGCGAGGACAAGUUGGCCAAUAUGGUUUCUUCUUCUUCACGGUCGGUUUCCUUUCUCUCCCUUUGAUGGCUUAUCCUAACAGAACCUCCUGGAGAAACAUAUACAAGAUUAUUUCCCUUCUCCCCUUUGUUUACUCCAUUCUCAUCCUUCCUUUUGUCUCUGAAUCGCCAAGAUGGCUGGUGGUUAGGGGAAGAACCAAAGAAGCACUAGAAGUUUUAAGGGUGUUAGCAAGAAUGAAUGGGAAGAAACUACCCAUGAACCUACAUAUUUCUAACCCUUCAACCAGCAGCAAACUCAACGAACCAGAUGUUACCAAGAGCCUGUGGUCAGCAAGGUGGGCUACAAGAAGGAUGAUCACCGUGAUGAUCGCUGGUUUAGGAGUUGGGUUUAUGUACUAUGGCAUACAGCUGAACGUCGAAAACUUGAAUUUCAAUCUUUAUUUGACAGUUGUAGUGAACGCGACGAUGGAGAUUCCAGCAGUUUUCAUUGGUAGCUUGCUCCUCAGCUUCAUGAACCGCCGUUUACUGUUCUCAUCAUCAACUUACAUUGCUGGAGCUUCAUGCAUUAUCUGUAUUUUCUUCUCACGAAAGAACAGUACUGUAAUGGGAGGCCAAGGGAAGAAUGAAGAAGAAAAAGGAAACUGGACUCAAUUAAUUAUAGAGGCUAUCGGGUUCAUGGCAGCCUCAACUGCAUUCGAUAUACUAUAUAUUUACUGUGUUGAACUCUUCCCCACCAAUGUAAGAAACUCUGCAGUGUCACUAUUGCGCCAAGCAUUAAUGCUGGGAGCAUCGAUAGCACCUCUUCUAGUAGUUCUAGGCCGUUUAAGCCCAUCUCUGUCAUUCUUGAUUUUUGGGGGCUUUGCAAUCCUCAGUGGUAUCUUAACACUAUGGCUUCCUGAAACUAGAAAUGCUCCUCUCUAUGAAACACUAGAGCAGCAAGAGGAGGAAGAAAAGCUUAGCUCAGCUUCUGAUUCAGAAUUAGAACUUGGGAAGCAAUGAAGGAACUUGUAUCUUCGCAUUGUGAUCUUAGGCAGGAUCAAUAGUUGUGUAGUCUUCAUGUAAUUUAGCUUGCAAUAUACAAUGCAGUUCUG